AUGCUUCGCCUGGCCACUGUCGCACGGCGCACCGCCAUCACCUCUGCUUAUGCUCGCAACUUCCACGCAUCGGCCGCAGUGGCCGCGCUGGAGAAGUUCAAGAUGCCCGCCAUGUCGCCAACCAUGACCGAGGGCGGCAUCGCAGCGUGGAGGAAGAAGGAGGGCGAGGCCUUCUCGGCUGGCGAUGUGCUCCUCGAGAUUGAGACGGACAAGGCGACUAUCGACGUCGAGGCGCAGGACGACGGUGUGCUCGCCAAGAUUGUCAAGCAGGACGGCUCGAAGGGCAUCCCAAUCGGGAGCACAAUCGCUAUUGUUGCUGAGGAGGGCGACGACCUCUCGGGGGCGGACGCGCUCGCGAGCCAGGCCGACGACGUUGCCCCGCCCGUGCCGCGCGAGGACGACACACCGGCUGCCCAGGCCGAGGCGCCCAAGCAGGCCGAGGCCCCCAAGAAGGAGGAAGCGCCCAAGAAGGAGGAGAAGCCUGCAGCCAAGGCAUCGUCGGGCGGCGACAAGCCCACUUUCUUCGCCACUCCAAUCGCCCGCAAGAUUGCGCUCGAGAAGGGUGUGCCUCUUGGCCAGAUCAAGGGCUCCGGCCCUGGUGGCCUUAUCCAGAGGUCCGACGUCGAGGCCUACAAGGGUGCUGCUGCCCCCGCUGCUGCUUCUGCGGCCGCGGCCGCGCCUUCCGCAGCCGAGUUCGAGGACGUGGCCGUCACGAACAUGCGGAGGGUUAUCGGCACCCGCCUCACAGAGAGCAAGCAACAGGUUCCCCACUAUUACGUCACCGUCGAGGUCAACAUGGACCGUCUGCUCAAGCUCCGCCAGGUGUUCAACAAGGCCAGCGAGGGCAAGUCCAAGCUCUCGGUCAACGACUUUAUCGUCAAGGCUUCGGCGCUGGCGCUUGGUGACGUGCCUGAGGCCAACUCGUCGUGGUUGGGAGACAAGAUCCGGACGUACAAGAACGCCGACAUCUCGGUCGCCGUGGCCACCCCUACCGGCUUGAUCACUCCCAUCGUCAAGGACGCCGGCUCCAAGGGCCUCGCGACCAUCAGCGCCGAGACCAAGGCGCUCGCGACCAAGGCGCGCGACGGCAAGCUCAAGCCUGAAGAGUACCAGGGCGGCACGUUCACCAUCUCCAACCUGGGCAUGUUCGGCGUGAGCCACUUCACGGCCAUCAUCAACUCCCCGCAGUCGUGCAUCCUUGCUAUCGGCGGAACGACGCAGAAGCUCGUGCCCGCACCCGAGGAGGAGAAGGGAUUCAAGGUCGUCAACGUCAUGAACGUCACCCUCUCGAGUGACCACCGGACUGUCGACGGUGCCGUUGCAGCUCGCUGGCUCGGCGCGUUCAAGGGAUACAUGGAGCAGCCUCUGACGUUCAUGCUCUAG